AUGGACAACCAUGGUGAUUUGUACUACUACAUGGGCGCCGCGGCCGACCCCUCCUGCUCCUCCACCUCCUUCUCGUCCUUGGACUCGUUUCUGUCCGACUUGAGCGGCGGCGAGACGAUUGACACGGAAAUAAGGAGUCAGCCCAAGAAGCCAGCAGCCUACAUCGGCGUGCGCGCGCGGCCGUGGGGACGCUUCGCGGCGGAGAUCCGGGACUCGACGCGGGGCGGCGCGCGUGUGUGGCUAGGCACCUUCGCCACGGCCGAGGCCGCCGCCAUGGCCUACGACCAGGCGGCGCUCUCCUCGCGGGGCGCGGCCACGGCGCUCAACUUCCCCCUGGAACGCGUCCAGGACUCGCUCCGCGCGCUCGGCGCCAUGGGCGCGGGCAUGGGCGGAUCGCCCGUGCUGGCGCUCAAACGGCGCCACUCCAAGAGAAAGAGGCGCAGCAAGGCCGAGAUAGCCAACGACGCGGCGACAUGCACGAGGAGGAAGAACAAGCCGAUGGCCACGCAGGAGCGGUUCAUCGUGGAGCUGGAGGACCUCGGCGUCGACUACCUGGAUGAGCUUCUCAGGAUCACGUGUGAUACGACUUAG